CGUUUUCCACCGGGUCCUUCAAAUGAAGAUUUCGGUGGUUAUUUUCUAUUUUUUUCAACUUCUUAAAAUGGACAAGCCUGGUUUCCGCUUAUAACGGUUAUUCUGUGGAGGAAUUUCUCUUAUGUGACAAAAAGCCUCCUGUCGGCCUAUAUUUCAGGUUUUUUGGGUCCCAAGUUCUCCGAUAGUGUCCGUCUUUAUCGUCUGAAUUAGGCGAGGUUCCCCACACGCCAAAUUAGGGGAUGAGCUUCACAUCGGAUGAGGUCAAUUUCCUCAUUUUUCGCUAUUUACAGGAGUCUGGUAAGUGCAAUAACUUCGAUAUCAAAUAUCCAGGUUAUUGCCAUUCUGCCUACUUGUUUGGUCUUGAAAGCCAAAUAAGCCGGUCCAAUAUUGACGGAUCAAUCAUUCCUCCAGGUUCUCUUUUGAGUCUCAUUCAGAAAGGGUUGCAAUACACCGAAGCAGAACUCAGCAUCGGAGAGGUAAUCAACUUUGCUUAUUUAACUAUAUUUUUUCAGGAUGGGAGCGAGCGUGUUGUGGAAUCUCUCUCCUUGAUAGACGCGGUCGUCCCAGAUGUUAUUGAGCAGCGGAAGAAUUCCUUGAAACAGCUACAAAAUUCACUACCGCCUUCCGCUGCUGUUGCAUGCUGUGGAUAUGCGACUGUCACAUGUAACAACACAUCAUCAGUCAUUGCGCCAAGUCUUUCCCAGGCGGGUAAUCCUGCCACCAACAUACAGGUGCCAAGCAGCGGGCAUACACUUUCUGACGCAUCAUCUUUAUCAAAUAGCAGUCAUUCCCACUGUGUUGAAUCUAACACUCACUCUACUGCGGGUCCGCUGUCUAUUAAACCUGAAGGAUUUAAUUCGAACUCGGUUCCCGCAUCCCAUGGACCUUACCCUAUCCCUUCAGUGAAUGUCCUUAACCAGUCAAACGUAUUCCCAACCUGUGUUGCGAGCGCAGCCGCAAAUCAACAAACCGGUUUUCCUAUGAAUACCGUAACAUCCCCUGCUGUCUGUUCUGGAUCUGCAGUUUCCACAGUCAGCCCUGUGACAACAUCCCUCCCGACUUCUAUUCAGGGAGUACCGAAGGUUGCUGUACCGCAGCCGUCCGUAGUUCGUGCGUCCCUUAAUCAGCAUGUCCCUCAAUCUGUGCUGUUAUCUUCUAUCCAAACAAAUGGAGAUAAUCACGGAACCUCUGUGGUGAAUCAUUUCCGUGGACUAGGUGAAGCAAUGGACCUGGAUCGUGUUCAUCUACCUGAAUUGAACAACACCUCCCCCCUACUUCCUCGUCAAAUAACGCAAGAUCGGAUAACCGUGCUAUUGGGCCACGAAUCGGAGGUGUUUAUUUGUGCUUGGAAUCCUCGAAGGGACAUGCUUGCUUCAGGCUCCGGAGAUUCAACUGCCAGAAUCUGGAACCUGGAAGAGCCGGUCCAACCCCUUGUUCUCACCCAUUGCGUCAAUCGUGAUGGUCAAACCGUUCUCAGCAACAAGGAUGUCACCUCUUUAGACUGGAAUUCCGACGGAAGCUUCCUAGCCACCGGCUCCUACGAUGGGUUUGCAAGAGUAUGGAACAUGGACGGCGAACUUGCAACCACGUUGGGCCAGCACAAAGGUCCGAUCUUUGCACUCAAAUGGAACAAGAAAGGCAACUAUAUCCUCACAGCUGGUGUCGACAAGACCACCAUCAUCUGGGAAGCUCAAACCGGUCGGAUAGCUCAGCAAUUCGCAUUUCACAUCGCCCCCACCCUCGAUGUUGACUGGCAGUCACUCACCGCGUUUGCGUCCUGUUCAACAGACACAAACAUACACGUCUGUGAGUUGGGGCAAUCAGCUCCAAUAAAAACCUUCAAAGGUCACGAGAAUGAAGUGAACGCUAUCAAAUGGGACCCUAACGGUCGGUUGUUGGCCUCCUGUUCCGAUGAUAUGACACUCAAAGUAUGGGAUAUGCACCAUGAGCAUUGUGUGCAUGAUUUGAAAGGUCACACUAAGGAGAUCUAUACCAUCAAAUGGAGUCCUACCGGUCCGGGUACAGCUUAUCCCAGUGCUCCGCUAUGUUUGGCCAGUGCCAGUUUCGACUCCACUGUGCGGUUAUGGGACGUUGAAACAGGUAAAUGUCAACGGAUCCUGUCAAAGCACAGUGAACCUGUCUAUAGUGUGGCCUUCAGUCCGGAUGGUCGACUCCUUGCAACCGGGUCCUUUGACCAAUGGGUUCAUAUAUGGAAUGUUGGCACGGGCGGUCUCAUCAACAGUUACUUUGGAACUGGAGGAAUUUUUGAAGUCUGUUGGAAUUCGCGGGGUGAUAAGGUCGGUGCGAGUGCCUCCGACGGCUCUGUGGUCGUGUUGGAUCUCCGAAAGUAGUUGCUUGCUCACACCGGUUCCUUCGCGCAUUGAUUAACCAACGUGACCGUCAUUCUGCGAGGUCUGCUCUCUUCCGUAUUAUCGAGACCGAACUCACCAUAAACUUCGUCCUCGUAGGAGAGGGCUUGGAUUCACUAGAUCAUGAUAAUUACUCCUCAACCCUGGCUCUUUCAUUCGGUAUCCAAUAAAGCCGUGCAGCGUGAAAGUCUCUUGUAUAAUCUAGUGAUAUGUAAAUCGCCCUUAUAAGAUCGUAUUCACAAGCAGACCCCGUUUCCUUGUAUCUAUACGGAAUCUGUUCACAGGACUGUUUUCGUUGUGACAAAUUUUCUCGCUGCUGACAAUCAUUAGUCUUCUGCUUAUCUGUUACAUUGUCGACGUCCCACCAGCUACCCUGCUGGCCGUUUCUGCUCGCAUUAAUCCUCUCCUUUGGUCACUGUCCCCAUCCUCAUUCCCUCCUCUCGGUCUUUUGAGCAUUCUUCCUUCUCAUGCUCAGGUUCUUCAUCACUAGAUUGUCCCUCACUGCUCGCACAGACACUACAGGCAGCAUGCAUCACCGUUUGAUCUCCUCGUGACUGGUCACCUCUUUUUCCUUAGUGUACACACGAGUGACAGACCGCCACCAACCGUGUGUGUAUAGCAUUCCACUAAGCUAUCCAAACCGUGAGAUUAAGUCCUGUCUUGUAGGCCCUUCUUUCCCCGACGGGCCAAUGGCCGAAUAUCCGGUGAUCAUCACAACCCCAGUGCCUGUCGAUUGAUUUUUGGCUAUUUUGUUCCUUUCCAAGACCUCGAGUUUAUCCCUGUGUAUUCUCUCUCCAUCGUUUUUACGUUUCAUACGGUCGAAUCUCAGUCGUGAGAUCAUGUGACGUGUGGACUAUCUUUCAGUGUUCGUUGGUUGUAGUGCACAUCAUUUUUUCUACACCGCUCCAUCUGUGUGGAAAACGCCAUCCCGCAACUCAUUGCCGAAUUCGUCAAGCCACUGUUGACGUCUCUCCUUGUCCCGGCGAUUUCGUGCAUCUAUUAUCUUUCUCUCUUUAUCUUUUGUGACCACAUUGUAUCCGUUGCCAACACGUUCACGUAGACUGCUUUACAAUUCUCCUUGUUCCUCGUCUUUUUUCUCUAAACAUAAGGAGCUGCUCACCAUCACCGUUAGGGAUUGUGUCAAUUAUCGCUAGAAUUUCAAUCAUGCUUAUUACUCUCCUGUUUUUAUUAGGUGUAUGAAUCUUGUUCUGUUUCUUCCUUUUCGGAGAUGGUUUCUGUAACGAUACUUGUCCUAUACAUGGGAGAUUGAUCGUUUUGCUGUUGUUUACGUUGGACUGCUUAGGUUUAACUUUCCUUGCCAUUAAUCACUUUCUCCUUGCUCCUCCCCUUUCUGCCCUUAUCGGCUUUUGCAUUUCUGUCGCAUCUGGUUGGGAAUCUUAGUAUCUGCCCAUCCGUUUUCCCACGGUCUUGUAAAAAAAAUUUCCUUCACCCAUCCCCGGUUGUUUAGUCUACAUUUCUUCUCUGGGCUCGUCGUUCGUUCAAUCUCCGCAUCGCCUCUCAUCCAAUCAGUUCUUAACUCACACUUCCCGAUCUUGUGUGGCAACAGUGGUUGUUUAGAUAUUCUUUUGUACUCUACUAUCCCUCAUCAUUACUGCCACAUUUCCUGAUGUCAAAUUCUUCCGUUGCACCAGAUAUGUAAUGAGGGGUUUCAUUGCUCUUACAGACCUCCCUUUGGACUCCAACCGGCUUCCCAUUGUACAUUUACCCAUUGUGCGUCAGCGGCUGAAUGUAAUUAUUUGCGAUUGAGUUUUAUGAAUUAAAACCGUC